AUGGCCGUUCUGGCGAGUGUCAUUGUGCAAACCGAGGACAUAUCCUCGCCCUCUCUUGCAGAGGAGCUUAUCUCCCCGGUGACAACAGAUUCGAUGGUUACAGUGCCGUUGUCAGAUCGACAGUCGCUUUCCGAAAGUAUCGCUACCGAGUUCGAUAGUCCUACGACUCCGGUCGACGAGAAAGCGGAUCAAGUUUCUUUCAUGGAAACCGCGACACAGAUCGAUCUGACGCCAAAGAGUGAGGUUACCGGCCGAGUCGAUGAGAUACCUAUAACCGGAAAUACGAAACAUUCAUCAACUAUAUCGAACGAAGCAGCGAGCAAUACCCAGGACGGAUAUGAAUCGUCGUCACCUACGGAAAGCACGGGAGGAGUUGACUGGGAAAAACUGGAUAAAUCAGAGGAGCAGGAACCGCGAACCCAAGGAACAGACGAGUCUACGGCAUUGUUGUUAGCGCGUCUAGAGCAAGAGAAUAAUGCUCUCGCGACGAAUCCUAAAUCAGGGCUUGCAAAGAAAACCCACCGAAAGUCUCGUCCCCCCUCCAUACAACACUUGCAAAAACUUGUUAACGAUCCGCGAUCAUCUUUUCGAUACUCCCAAUUACAACCGCCACCUAUGACCGAACUCGAAUUCUGGGCUGCUUUGGUCGCGGAUUACCCUUCGACGGCACAAAGGCUGCCUACGUUGACAUCUCACAAAAUUCGCGCUGGAGUUCCGCCGCCGCUACGUGGAGUAGUUUGGCCUAGUAUUGCCGGAGCCAGGGAUACGUUACUGAUUGAGGAAUUUGGACGACUAUGUAACGAAUCGAGUCCCUACGAAGGACUGAUUGGCAAAGAUAUCGGCCGCAGCUUCCCGAAUGUCGAGAUGUUCCGCGAUCCCAAUGGGGAGGGUCAACAGAUGUUGGCUAGAGUACUGAAAUGCUUUAGCCUGUACGAUACCAAGAUAGGAUACUGUCAAGGACUUGGAUUUGUCGUCGGCCCUCUAUUGAUGCAUAUGACGGACGCAGAGUCAUUUUGUGUUUUGAUCAGGCUCAUGGAACAUUAUGACUUGCGCUCAUGCUUCUUACCGGAUCUGUCAGGUCUACAUCUACGCAUCUACCAAUUUCAGAACCUCCUCUCUCGUCAUUUACCAUCGUUGUUUGCCCACCUUCAGUCUCUAAACAUCGAACCGAUCUAUGUCUCGCAAUGGUUCCUUUCAUUCUUUGCAGUUGCAUGUCCGCUACCGAUGCUGCUUCGUAUAUAUGAUGUCUUGUUAUUGGAAGGAGCUUCCGAAACACUGAUGAGAGUUGCGCUAUCACUCAUGCAGCGCAACGAGAAAAAGAUUAUUAGCUUUACCGAGUUCGAGGAUGUAUUGCAAUUCUUGCUGUCUCGAAGUUUAUGGGAUACCUAUGCGUGCAACGCUGACGACUUGGUUAAUGAUUUUGUUUCAUUGACUCCACUCGUCUCAAAAGAAAGCCUCCAAGCGCUGGAGGCAAGCUAUAGCCAAUCUCAGGGCGUGCCUACGGGAAUCUCGUUCCCGCAGAUGCAAGCUACAGCAUCACGAUUCCUCGGUCGAUUGUGGGCUGGCUCUCACAAAUCACUGAAUCCUUCGGCUGCGCGCCCCGAAAGUACAGUCAGGCGUUCGCCAUCCAAGCAAAGCAUGGCAUCUACACUCAAUUCUAUGGAAACGUCUGUUUCUGAUGCCAGUACUGCUCCCACAGAAGCCUCUAUGGGGGCGGAUCAGAAAAUCCGCGCAAAAUCCGCAAUAUCACACAAGGAUAGAGAUUUACAUGGUCAGAUUGAAGACCUUCUGACAGCUUUGAGCGACAUGCAACGGGAACAAUCAGAACUGGCUAGAGAUUUACAGCGAGAGCGAGAAGAACGAGAGGAGGAUCGAGAGAUUUCAAAGGCUUUGCUGAGCCACAUCAAGCAGUCAGAGAUCAAAGAGAAUACUGAGGAGCUCAUUAGCAAGGCCGAUGAGAGGUUUUCGUCGGUGAACAAACGAGACUCGAUUCUACAGACGAAGCAUCAGUUGAGAGACGAGGCAGGCAGAUGGAAAGAAAAACAUGGGAUGGAAGUGACGCGUUGCGUCGAUCUUACUCGACAGCUUGAUGAACAUGAGAGCGAGAAUAAUCGUUUGAAAGAGGAGUUGCGAGAGGCCCGGUCACGUAUUCAAGACGGAUACCGAGAGAAACAGAAGUUGGAGCGAACAGUCCAGGAGCUUCGUGCACGCAAAGGCGUAGUCGCGGACAACAGUAGCCAAGACAACUCGGGUGCGGCUAGUGAUAAUGAAGCAUGGCCUACUUCGUCUACCGGUCUGCGUGAAUUCAAGCUUGGGCGAUCGAGGAAAGAAGUGGCAAAGUUCCCUAAGCGGUCUAGCAGUUUGGGUCUACAAAGUCUACUCGGUCAAUCGGCAGAGUCCGACAAUAGGACGUCUACAACUUCCGGGUCCGAAGACUCGUUGCUACUGGAGCUUGUCAACGCCAAGACAGCAGAAGCAGUAGCCAAGCAAGAAUUGGAAGAGGUAAAAGCCAAGCUGGACUCUCUUCGGCGACUGAUGAAUGGACACUCUCGAGUGAACACGUCGAUCGGUGAGAUACCAACUAAUUUUUCUGCAACACCGAAUAAACUAUCGCCCGAAUCAGCCAAGGCCACCCCGACAGGCGGUGGGUUUUUUGGCUGGGGGAGAAGAAGUGCAUCAACAGUUGGUGUGACGGAUUCCAAGUGA